AUGAAGGUCUUCACUCUGGAUUUAUUGCCCGAUGCAAAGCGCCCGGAGUUUCCCCAUUUCGGGCCUACCAUUGAUAAUUCCCCAACAGGUUUUGUGCGCAAAGGGGUCAUGGGAUUUGAACGUCAGGGACCCGGUUGUCAGAUUAUCAACUCCAUCAGAGCAAAAAAAAGCAACACAGGCCUUAAAGAAUUCCUGGAGAAUGCACUGUGGCCUAUGGAGAUCUCCUGCUCCACACUGACAUCAGAUGGCUCAUAUUUUUUUCUGUGCUGUCGCUACAGGAAAGGUGAGGACCUUCUGUUUCGGUACAAACCUGAGACAGUGAACUACGCCCUGAGUCAGUUAGACAGCUGUUACAGAAACCAUACCGGCCCUGGAGAUACUGAUUAUGGAGCCAGACCAAGCCCCCGCUGUUUUGUCCAGCCCAACACUGAAGAUGAGGUUGAGGCAAUGAGAGACAAGCUGAAUGUCACUGACAUUGAUCAGGUGGUCGAGCGACUCAGGUCCGUCCUAAUGGAGGAAUGUGAAGCGUUGAAAAGGCUGGUGAAGCAUUUCAGGGGAAAUAUUACACAAAAGUGUCCCACUCCAUGUGAGCUUCAUAAUUCAGAACCUACCCUUGCAGAGUUAAGGGAGCUUAGAGGGGCUAUACAAUCGGACUUGGAGCUUUACCCUUCUUCUCUUACUGCUUCACUACCAGCUUCUCCUCUCCCUUUGAAGAAUUUGAAAAACAAGUUCCGCCCUAAAGCCACAUCCCCCUCCUCCUCUGUGUCAUACUACACCCAUACCUCCAUCAGGCGCUCGUCCCAGCAAGACCUCAUCAUCAGUUAA